UUUUGUUUGAGGCCCAUGAAGCCCACCUCUAAACUGGUGAGAACAAGAAACGAACGGUUUCUCGUAGAUUUGAUCCGUCUCUCUCAAUUCUCAAGUCUGAACCAGUGCUGUUCAUGUUUACAUCUAUAGUGAUCAAAAUGGCAUCCAUUUAAUGGACUUGGAAAUUUUUCUGUUUUUUUUUUUCUUUUAAUAAAGGGGGAUAAAGUCAAUACAUAACAGCAGAAGUUCCCGGUCCAUCUUUACUGUAUGGAAACUGCAAAUAAUCUUCAAUUACGGACUUGUCAGAAGACGGGAAUCCUUUUGAUAUUAUUUGUUGGCUUUGCUCUUUGCAUGCUUGGUUCUUCAUCUUCAAGCGAGGUGGCUAGAUGUGAGCUGAAUUCGGGGUCCAACAACUUAGAUAUCAGCAGCUUUUGUAGUUCCAAGAAAUACAUUGUGAAAUCUUAUUUUGAAAAAUAUGAAAGCUUUUCAGAAUCAAAUUUUCAAGAUUUUACCAAAGAUGAACUUUUCUCAUGUAAAUUGCUUCCAGAUAAUCUGGAUGCGCUUUUAAGAGAAUCAGUUUUAAAUCGCCUUUUGGUUGGUGAAGGUUCUCAUCGUCGUCUUCAUUCAAGUAUCAGACUUCACUUCCAGUCAGAAUCAACAUCUCAGCUAUCCACUCACUUUUGUAAAAUUAUAAUUAUAGAGAGACUUCCCUCUGGAGUCUUCGCUGACCCGUUUGAGCUCCAACACCUUCUCCAUCGUGGAGUUUUUACUGAUGUAGCUGUUUUUGGAGAUACAAAUUUAGAAUUACCUUCAGUUGCUUCCAACCGGUCUGUUGUUGAGAUUCACAUGAAUGUCACUCCUACUAUCUUUACUGGACAGACAAGUGAACAGGAAAUCAGCAUAGACCUGCCAUUGCAUGCGCGAUAUCCUCCCCUAGGUGAAAGUGAUUAUGCUAAAGUAGAAUUUGGCGCACCUGACAUAUUCAUGGACUGCAACUUUAAAGGAACCUUAAGCAACCAAAGCUGCUUAUUUGCACCUAGCAGUGACUUUGCUGAAUCGAAAGCGGGUGAUAUUUUGUGGAGAAUACCUUGUGGUACAAGAGCACAUGCCGCUAUUGUAUCUGCUGUUACUUUUGUUACAGCCUUUAUAUCAACUCUCAUAAUUCUUGCAACAUCCCUUUCAUAUUCGGACAUCAAUUUUGCAAAAUCAUUUAAAUUAUCAUAGUUUUCAUUCAUGGGUUGACUUGUGAAGGAAGUGAUGUUUCUUGCACUUAUUUUCUUGGAGAUAUCUUGAUUUUUACACUUAUUUUUAUGCUUAUUUUUUGAAAUGCAAAGCAAGCAGCUUGUUUC